AUGUUUCAAGUCCCUAAGGUCGCUGAAUACUUUGGACACUUUGUGGUUUUAGCGCAUUUGGAGCAUUUGGCAGAUGUGUCCAGCAUCAAGAAACGUCGCGAGAGGAGCAGCGCUGAUCAGCUGGUUCGAUGGGGCUACGCCUUGAGUGAUCUCAAGAUCUUAAGCACCUUCGGGCGUCGUGAGGUGGGCAACCGCCAGGGUAGGAUCUUACCUGGUUGGGAUGAUAUUGGCACAGAGAUGGCGGCCAUGCAACUGCCCAUGAACAAUGUUGAUGUGGACCGGAUGCGUAUUCGAAGGGGAGACUCCGUGACCAUCUCGACGACGGAUCCCCUGCAGGACAAGUUGGCUGAAGGAACAAUCAAUGACAUUCGGCCCGGAGGGACUCUGAUUGUUCAAAUACGAGGCAUUUUUCCGGAGGAUUGCCGAGAGAAGCUGUGGCGUGUGGAUAAGUCCGCAAAUGCUACAGUCUACGAGCGGCAGAUGUGGGCACUCUUGGGCUUGAACCACGCAGUGAGAGUGCAGCCGAUUGUGGAGCUCAUGGCACUGGGCCCCAGCGCUCGUUGCUAUACGAAUUCUUGGGGCUGUAGAAAACUGAUCUUUUAA